AUGCCGGAUGGCUCAAACUUUACACCGGAUGCCACCCCGGGUGCGGCACCCGUGCCGAAUCACCCACGCUCCAUCCACGUCAUAAAGGACUCAUCGCCGCACUCCAUCCACGUCGUAAAGAAAUCAUCGCAGCUCCCUCUCUCAUUUUUCCCCCGGCACUCACUAACUGUGUUCAGCCAGAUCAGCUCCUUCAUGGUCAAAGGCCGGGUCAUCGAGACCCGCGGGCAUAUCUCCGCGUGCCUCUAUACCGGGAGCUUCGUUUCGCGGCAUUCUCUCGCCAAGAUAACGGUGUGCAACCGGGCCAACCUUCUAAUGUCUCCCGCCAGCUGA